AUGAGUGGUGAUAAUGACACAGAGUUAAACCGUGCGUGCGGAAUCCUCGAGGUAGAGGACAGCAGAGUGUCCAAGAUGGAUGCAGAUCUGGUACCCCCGACGCCAGAUCCAGAUGCUGAGAGGCGCCUAGUACGCAAGCUAGAUCGCACAAUUCUCCCGUGGAUCAUGCUGCUCUACUUGUUAUCGUACCUCGACAGAGCCAACAUGGGAAAUGCUCAAAACAUCGGUCUCGCAACGGAUAUUGGCCUCGGCAGUACGAUGUAUCAGGUCGCCUCGGCCUCAUUCUAUAUUGGAACGGUUAUCUUCGGAACGGUGGGAGGUCUCAUGCUCAAAGUAUUCAAGCCAUCGACCUGGCUCGGACUCUGUGCUAUUGGCUGGGGCGCAACCAGCACCUUGCAAGCCGCUUGCACCAACUCAGGUGGUCUAAUCGCCGUUCGAUUCUUUCUUGGAGCAUUCGAAGCGUCAUUUGCACCUGGAUGCGCCUUGUAUCUGAGCUUCUGGUAUCUGAAAUCCGAGCUCUCUCUGCGUAUUGCUGCCUAUGCUGGGAUGAGCGCCGUUAGUGGUGUUUUAUCCGGGUUGAUUGCAUACGGGGUUGGUCUUGCCCAGGGCAAAAUGGCUCUCACUGCCUGGCAGACGUUGUUCAUUGUGGAAGGGCUACCCACAGUCGUCGUUGGAGUUCUCACACUUUGGAUACUACCUGGACGCCCCGAGUCUGAGAGGUCUUAUUUGUUCACUGAAGCAGAACACGACAUCAUUCUGAGCCGACUGAAUAGGUUCACAAAAAAUGCUGACACCGGAAUCAAUAUGGAACAAGUGAAGAAUGCAUUCAAAGACUACCGAUUAUAUCUAUUUUGCCUCAUUUAUUCCGGGCUUUCUCUAUCUCUGGCCGUUGCCGCUGUUUUUCUCCCUACCAUCGUGGAGGAUCUCGGCUAUCACUCAGUUACGGCCAAUCAUAUGACCGCCCCUGUUUAUGGCACAGCUUACGCUUGCCUUCUCAUUACUGCCACCUUUUCCGACCGAUUCCGGAUACGCGGUGUCCCUAUUGCUCUCGGUGGUUUGAUUUCUGGAAUAGGGUAUCUAUUGCUGGGACUUCUAAGGCAAGGAAGCGCACGUUAUGCUUGCUGCUUCCUGGCAGUUACUGGAACUUACAUGGCUUUCCCAAUCGUUCUAACAUGGAUCACAUCGACAUUUGCGGGUGAUACCAAGGCUGGCGUUGUCUCCAGUGCACUUGCCCUCGCGACCACCGUCUCAGCUAUAGCUAUGAGCAUUUUGCUCUAUAGGGAGAACCAAAAGCGAGACCGGCGUUAUGGGAAGCCAGAAGCCCGCGCUCCUGUUGACAUGGGCGGUGAUGCUGACAAGGCACAGGACUAUAGAUACGACAUCUAA